AUGGACCAGCUGAACCUGACCUCUGCUAAUCUCACCAACUCCUCGACUGCUGGACCAUCAGCUUCAAUCUCCUGGGAUUUUAAGUCUUUGGUCCCAGUAGGACUUAUGUCACUGUGCUUCCUGGUGGGAAUCCCUGGAAAUAUAGCUGUUUUAAUCCUCAGACCAAACUGGCACCAGCUGUCCGGACUGACCCAGUGUCUGAUGAUGAACCUGACCAUGUCCGACCUGUUGUGCCUGGUCACUCUGCCUCUUUGGAUCCACACUGUAGUUUAUGACUGGGCUCUGGGUGUUGUUGGAUGUAAGAUUGUAACAUUCCUGGUAUAUUGCAGUCUCUACAGUAGCCUGCUAACCAUAACUUCUCUGAGUGUCCAGCGCUACAUGCAGGUUGUACACCCACAGAGAUGUAUCCAAUUCAAGAAGAGACUCCUUGUCCUGAUGUGGCUCAUAUCGAUGAUCCUCUCCAUUCCUAUGUUAGUGGUUCGACAGAUCAUGAAAGUAAAUCAGAAAAAUAUCGACUGUAUUCCAAAAUACUCCUCAGAUGCCCAACUUGUGGCUGUGUUGCUCACUGAAUGCUUUUUUGGAAUAAGCUCAUUCACCAUAACAACAUGUGCUUAUAUUCUUCUAAACAGAAAGCUAAAUCAAGCAAUAUUUUUCAACAACCCAUCCACCAUCAAGCUUGUUACCACUAUCAUAGUGACAUUUUUUGUAUUUUGGAUGCCUUACUUGAUUUUUAAUUUUGUGACUAUUCGUGGCAUUUUAAGUAACAACCUUAACAUUAUUUCAUUUUAUUAUUCUAACUUUAACAUUUUCGCAAGUUUAACAUUUAUCAACAGUACCAUAAAUCCACUUCUGUAUGCGUUUGCAAGUGGACUAUGUGAUAACGACACGCAUUUGAAAGGCAAUGACAGGGCAAGAUGGAAGUAG